ACCUCUUUCUCUUCAGUUCAAACCCACCAUCUUCACUUUCUCUUGAAACCCACCGGAGGUGCUUUUCAAACCCACCGGAAAAUUCGACGCCAUUCUCAUACUCUCACUCUGUUUAUUUCUCAUUUACCAUGGGUUUAGGAAAGAGUUGCAGGGUUUAGGAAAGAGUUGUACUUCAUCAAAUUCUUCAAAAAGCUCUCGAAAGGAUUAUGGAUAAUCUAGAGCGUGGUUGGAUGUACGACAGGUUGGAUGGUCGAGGGGGUAUUAAUUCUAGUUUCAUAACUGGUGUUAAUAAGUUUCUUGAGUUCUCAUGUUCUCAAAGAAACCGCAUGAGUGGUGAAGAUGUCAAAUGUCCGUGUAAAAAAUGUCACAAUAUUAAAUUCAUGGAUGUUGAAACCGUUAAAUUGCACCUUCAAUCGUUUGGAUUUGUUGAGAACUAUUUUGUUUGGAAGUAUCAAGGGGAAAAAGAAGUAACCGGUGAGAUGUAUAGUGAUUUACAUGGUGGUACCCAACCUGAAUUGGGAUAUGAUAAUCCAUAUCGCCAAAUGGUUUUAGAUGCAGCUGGACCGAACUUUGGCCAGGGUUCGAGUAAUACUGAACCUGAGUCAUCUCAUCACUGUGAACCUUUAGUGGAGGAGGAAUCUAAUCCUUCAAUGGAGGAGGAGCCUAAUCUUGAGUCCCAGAGGUUUUAUGAUUUGCUACAAGCCGUUGAUGCAAAAUUGUAUCCUGGUUAUUCCCUCUCUCAACUCGCAGUAGUUUCUAGGAUGUUAAUUAUUAAAAGUGAGAAUACUUUGUCACAGAGGGGUUAUAAUCAAAUUAUGCAACUAUUGAAAGAGGCUUUACCUGAAGAUAACAUAGUGCUUGAUAGUUAUUAUCAGACCAAGAAGCUAGUGCGUAGCUUGGGUUUGCCUGUUGAAAAGAUUGAUUGUUGUAAUUCAGGAUGUAUGUUGUAUUGGGGUGAUGAUGAGGACCUAACUUCUUGUAAGUUUUGUGGCUAUGAGAGGUAUAAACGUCGUGUUGGUUCUCGUAAGAGGAAAUUGGUCCCUUACAAGAAAAUGUAUUAUUUCCCUUUGAUUCCUAGAUUGCGGAGAUUAUAUGCGUCUCAUGCUACAGCUGCCUACAUGAGAUGGCAUCACGAGCAUAUACAAGAGGAGGGGGUAAUGCGUCAUCCAUCAGACUCUGAGGCUUGGAAGCACUUCAAUGAAACUCAUUCCUUUUUUGCUGCUGAACCAAGGAAUGUGAGGUUGGGGUUAUGUACGGAUGGUUUCCAACCAUUUGCUCAGACGGGGAGAAAAUACUCUUCGUGGCCUGUAAUUGUCACUCCAUAUAAUUUUCCUCCAGGGAUGUGUAUGAAGGAGGCAUACAUAUUCUUAACUGUCAUUGUACCGGGGCCACACAAUCCUAAACUAAAAAUUGAUGUUUAUCUGCAACCUCUAAUAAAGGAAUUGACUUUGUUGUGGGAGACAGGUGUAGAAGCAUUUGACAUCUCAAAAAAGCAAAACUUUCAAUUAAGGGCAGCUUUGAUGUGGACAAUCAAUGACUUUCCAGCAUAUUCUAUGUUAUCAGGAUGGAGUACAGGUGGCAACUUAUCAUGUCCUUAUUGUAUGGAGGAAACACAAUCAUUCAGAUUAAAACAUGGUGGGAAAACAACUUGGUUUGACAGUCAUAGAAUGUUUCUUGAUCAAAAUCAUCCAUUUAGGAGAGAUCGUAAAAACUUUCUUAAAGGUCAUACUGUUACAAGGCCACCACCUACUGUUAGAACAGGAGAAGAAAUUUUGAAUCAAAUUUGUGAGUUGGGGAUAAGAAAAGUAACUGAGUUAGAUGCACAAGAAGUUAAUAAGAGGAUAUGUAAUUCAUGCGGAUGGAAAAAACGAAGCAUCUUUUGGGAUUUGCCUUAUUGGAGUUCUAACUUGAUACAACAUAAUCUUGAUGUCAUGCAUAUUGAGAAGAAUGUCUUUGAUAAUGUGUUUAACACUGUUCUUAAUGUUGUUGGCAAAACCAAAGACAAUCCGAAAGCACGUCUAGAUAUUGCAAAAUAUUGCGAUCGACCGCAGUUAGCAAGGAAUCCUGAUGGAAGCUAUCCCAAAGUUGCAUAUACAAUAGAAAAGAAUGAAAAAGUUGUCUUGUUCGAUUGGUUGGAAGGUGUGAAGUUUCCAGAUGGGUAUGCUUCGAACAUGAGUCGAUGCUUGGACACGGACAAAUUUAAGUUAUUUGGCAUGAAAAGUCAUGAUUGUCAUGUGUUCAUGCAACGACUAUUGCCAAUUGCCUUUCGUGAGAUACUUCCUAGUAAUGUGUGGCAGGCCCUUACAGAGUUGAGUUUGUUUUUUAAAGAUCUUACUUCAACUGUUCUUCGAGUGGUGGACUUGGAGAGAUUAGAGGUACACAUCCCACAGAUCUUGUGUAAGUUAGAACGCAUAUACCCCCCGGGUUUCUUUAACUCAAUGGAACAUUUACCCGUGCACCUGCCAUAUGAAGCACGGAUUGCUGGACCUGUACAAUACAGAUGGAUGUACCCUUUUGAGAGGUACCUUCGAACUCUUAAAAACAUGAUUGGGAACAAAGCUAGUGUUGAGGGUUCCAUUUGUGAAGCAUACUUGAUGGCGGAGUCAACACAAUUGUUUUCUCAUUAUUUUGAACCUCAUGUUAUCUCACGUCAUCAAAAUGUGGCCCGUAAAAAUGAUGGUGGUGUUGUAGAAGAUAUUGAAGGAAAUGUUUCAAUAUUCACUCAUCCAUGCAAACUAUCGGGAGAAGAAAAAAAAAGAGAUUUGUCCCUUGAAGAAAUCAAGGCAGCCCAAACUUAUAUUUUACUAAAUACUAAAGAGGUUGAGCCAUUUGUGAGCAUGUAUGUGCAACGUUUGCAAGAAGAGUUCCCGAAUCUAUCUCAAGAUCAAAUAAAUGAGAGUCUUGAAACAUAUUUUUCUAUAUGGUUCAAGGAAUAUGUUCGAUCCAAUCAUAUUGAGAACAAAUACUUGUGUAGUCUUGCUCAUGGACCAUUAAUAAGAGCAUAUGCUUAUCCAAUGUGUUUUGUUAAUGGAUACAAAUUUCACACAUUACGUCGCGGUAGUGCUAGAUCAACAAUGAACAGUGGAGUUUGUAUAUCGGAUCCAAAUGUUGGCGAUUACUAUGGACGGAUACAAGAGAUUAUACAAGUGGAAUACCGUGAAACACCUUUAAAGCAAACUACAUUAUUCAAGUGUGAAUGGUUUGAUCCAACUAUUAAUGUUGGUGUUAAGGAGCAUAAUCAGUACAAAUUGGUCGACGUUAACCAUCGUCGUCGGUUUAACAAAUACGAACCUUUUAUUCUUGCGAUGCAAGCAACUCAAGUGUGUUAUAUGUCUUAUCCUAGCACAAAAAAGGACAAGGAUGAUUGGUUAGCUGUAUUGAAAGUCAAACCUCGAAAUGUUAUUGAAUUACCUGAUGAGGAAGUGAUCACAACUCCGGAAGUGGAACUAAAUCUUCCAUUCCAAGUUGAAGAAGUUGAAGUCCAUAAGAUAGAUAUGAAUAUGACCGUUGAUGAAGUUAUACUCCUGCAUGAUCCAAAUGGGGAAGCAAUUGAAAUGGAUGAACCAAUUGAUGAUGGACUGUUUCCAGAGCAUCAUGAAUCCGAAGAAGAGCAUCAAGACUCUGAAGAAGAAUCUACAGAAGAUGAAUAUGAAACUGAAACUGAGGAGGAUGAUGAGGAGGAGUUCGAAGAAGAAAUAGAUACUGACUAGUGUGUUGAUAGAAAUGUGCUACUGUAUCUUUAUUAACUUUUGUUUGUAGUAAUAUGUUUUGGAUGUUAUAAGUAUGUGAUAUGUCUACAAUUGUUGGUUGUCUUGGAUGUCUAAGCUUCUUAGUCAUUUUCAUAAUGCAUGCACAAUCCAAAGACUUUUUCUUAAUAUAUUCAUUGCUUACUAUGCUGAAAAUCUAGCAAUAAUUCUAUGGUUUUGCACAAUUUAAUUUACUGUCCAUUUUUUGUGUGUAAUCUUUAACGAAAAUAGUUUGCUUGUGAUGAUCUCUUUCAUUUCUGUUAGUUGCGUCCACUGUGAUUUCAUUUCUUAACAUUGAAGGUAUUAACCUGAGUUUACUACUGCAAAUGGACCUUUUGUGGAGUUUUGACUUCUUUCAUUUUAACUGAUCACCUUUUAUAUACAGCUUGACAUUCAUCCUUUAACUUUCCUU